AUGCUAGGAGAACGUUUUCCACAUCACAAAUGGCAUGAUCACCAGUACGAUGACAGUGUAGGAGAUACCAGACGGCGUGAACCACAGACUUGCUCAAAAAAUUCCCGGCCGCGGCGUGGCUGCGGCCCGGGCGGGCGGGUGGACAAGGGGCUGUGGGGCACGGCGGAGGGGAGGUUCGGCCGAGGCCCGUCGCGCCCCGGCGCCGGCGGAGUGAGCGCUGCUGCCGGGGGGCGGGAGGGUCGCAAAGCCUCCUCCUGUGGCAGCCGGCAGCGCGGCGGCAAAUGGACGCGAGUGGGAAUGAACGUGUCUGUGGUGACCUCUGCGCGGCUGUCCCGGCCUCGCGCCCUGCUCGCAGCGCCCGGCGCUUCCCGCUUUGCAGCGCCGUGCUUCCCCGGCGGCCUGCACGCCUGUUCACCGCGGGCAGCGGCCAGCCCCUCGGCUGAGGGGAGCUCUGAGGCCCCGGCCUCCGGCUGUCCCGCCGCGGCCCAGGUGUUCCCGGCUUCAGGGCGGUGGGUGCCCCGUCGCAGGGCGGGCUGUGCAACGGAGCCCCGGGCACAUGUGUGCUUCUGCCGGAGAGCUUGCUGUCUUAUAAAGACAGCAUCACCAUACACAGGAGAAAUUCCUCAAGUAAUUUUUCGUGACCUGUCUUGUUGUAGAGGAGCACAAGUUGAAGAAAUAUGGAGUUUGGAACCAGAGAACUUUGAAAAAUUGAAGCCAGUACAUGGGCUGAUUUUCCUUUUCAAGUGGCAGCCUGGAGAGGAACCAGCAGGUUCUGUUGUUCAGGAUUCCAGACUGGAUACAAUAUUUUUUGCUAAACAGGUAAUUAAUAAUGCUUGUGCCACUCAAGCCAUAGUAAGUGUGCUAUUAAAUUGUGCUCAUCAAGAUAUCCAUCUAGGAGAGACUUUGUCAGAAUUUAAAGAAUUUUCACAAAGUUUUGAUGCUGCGAUGAAAGGUUUGGCACUAAGCAACUCGGAAGUGAUUCGGCAAGUUCACAACAGUUUUGCCAGACAACAGAUGUUUGAAUUUGAUGCAAAGUCUUCAGCAAAAGAAGAAGAUGCAUUUCACUUUGUAAGCUAUGUUCCUGUUAACGGACGGCUAUAUGAACUAGAUGGCUUAAGGGAAGGACCAAUUGAUUUAGGUGCAUGCAAUCAAGAUGACUGGAUAAGUGCUGUACGGCCUGUCAUAGAGAAACGUAUACAAAAAUACAGUGAAGGUGAGAUAAGGUUUAACUUGAUGGCUAUUGUAUCUGACAGAAAGAUGAUAUAUGAGCAGAGGAUUGCAGAAUUGCAGCAGCAACUUGCAGAGGAGGAGCCUAUGGAUACAGAUCAAAGCAGUAAUAUGUUAAGUUCGAUACAAUCAGAAGUUGCAAAAUACCAGAUGUUAAUUGAAGAAGAGAACCAAAAAUUAAAAAGAUAUAAGAUUGAAAAUAUUAGAAGAAAACAUAACUAUCUGCCUUUCAUCAUGGAAUUAUUAAAGACUCUAGCAGAGCACCAACAGUUAAUACCAUUAGUAGAAAAAGCAAAAGAAAAACAGAAUGCCAAGAAAGUUCAGGAGGCCAAGUGAAGAUGACUUUGCAAAAUACAUACAAUUAUGUGCUUCUGAAACUAUUUUCAUGACGACAAAUAAAACUUUUCAUAAACUUUAAAUUUUGUCCAGCGCACGUUUAACAGUUGUAACAGUUUGUCUUGUACUGUAUGCACGGGUCUAAUUCUCUUCCUUCCCCCGCAUCUUGUGCAUGUAGUACUGCUAAGUAAUGUUUAGGUUCUCUUGGUCAAAUUCAGUAUUUAAGUCUACCUGAUUUCUGAAAGCUUGGGAAGAGGACCUAAAAAUGUGCAAGGAAAAUGUACCCGUUUUGUCCCACUCGAAUAUAUGAUAAUGAUACAAAUGCCAGAGUUUAAGUAUAAGCAUGAGCUUUCUUUGCUCAUCCCUACUAACAAUCAUAAUACUAUCCAGUUGUUCAGUGACAUACCCUGUGUCUUUGUUUUUCUGAAGUAUGUGUCUAAUUUUUUUACAAAAUUGAAAAGUAUGAAUUUAGCUGUAGAAACAUUUGCAAAGACCAAUGUAUAAUCUCAAAAGAUCUGCAUUGCUUUAGUAGAAAAGAUAAUAAAUAUUCCCAUUUUUAUUUUGGCAAAA